AUGUUACAAAGUUUCUUCAACCAGUUUGUAAAUGACCAAAGUGCACGUUCGACAGGCCAGCUUCCUGCCUGUAAGUAUUCAGCUUUACUUGUUCCAUGGACCGGUAAUGCUGAAGCUGUUUUGUUUCUACCUACCUCUGCCAUUGCCAUCGCUUUUCCAGAAUAUUCCAGUGUACCAGUAGAAAAGAAUAUCACUUUAGAAAGGCCUUCUAAUAUAGAACUCAUGUGCCAAUUUACAAUAUCUGGGGACCUGCAUUCACUAAAUGUGACUUGGAAAAAAGAUGAUGAACUAAUUGAGAAUAAUAUCCUCAACAAUAACAAUACAGUGGGAGAUAUCCUGUACACCCAGUACAAGUUCACAGUCAUUAAUAGCGACCAAAUGGGAAGUUAUUCUUGUUUCUUUGGAGAGAAAAAAGAACACAGGGGCACAUUUAACUUCAAAGUCCCUGAAAUUCAAGGAAAAAACAAACCAGCAAUCACUUAUGUGGGAGAUUCUACUAUCUUGACAUGUAAAUGUGAAGAUUGUUUUCCUUUACAUUGGACCUGGUACAGUAGUAAUGGGAGUGCACAGGUACCUGUCAACAUACAAAUGAAUGAUAAAUUCCAUGUGAUCAAUGGAACAUAUGCUAAUGAAACAAAGCUCAAGAUUAUGCAACUUUCUGAGGAAGACCGGGGAUUUUACUGGUGCCAUGCAGUCUUCCAGUUAGGAGAGAGUGAAAUUCUCACUGAACUUGUUGUGCUGAGCUAUUUGGUGCCCCUUAAGCCAUUUCUUGCAAUAGUCGCUGAAGUUAUUGUUUUAGUGACAAUUAUUCUUCUUUGUGAAAUAUAUACACAAAAGAAAAGGCAUCUCUCAGAUGGUGGGAAAGAAUUUGAACAAAUUGAACAGCUGUAA